AUGGGCGAGUCGUCAUAUCCCUAUACCUACGAUUUUGACAUUGCUUUAAUAAAAAUAGACGGAAACGCUACUUUGAGUGACAGAACAAGAAAAAUAUGUCUGCCGCCAUCUAGUCAUAUUUUUCACGAAGGUCAGAGCUGCUGGAUAACUGGAUGGGGAACUACAUCUGUACGCGGUAGGAGAUCUGAAACACUGCAGGAAGCCCGGGUAGAAUUGAUGACAAACGACCAAUGUAACAGACCAAGAUGGUAUGCAGGAAAAAUAACUCCACGAAUGAUUUGUGCCGGAGAUUCAAAUGGAAGUGUAGACUCAUGUCAGGGCGAUAGUGGCGGUCCGUUAGUUUGCCAAGAGAGAGGUGGGAAAUGGUUUGUUGCUGGAAUAGUAAGCUGGGGAAAUGGUUGUGGAGUUGCAUACAAACCAGGAGUAUAUACAAGAAUGACAGAGAUGAUACACUGGGUUGAAGAUAUAAUGGAAAAAGAAGAUGGUGAUGGUUAAGUCCAUUUCUAUUACAAGCAAAUCAAUUUCUAACCGGAUAUUUAUGGAACCAUGGAUUUCAGCGAACUGUUGAAUAUGAAACCGGAAUGGUUUUUCGCAUUCAACAGAACAAGAUAGACAUAUAUCUGACAAAUUCCAAUCCUGAUCUGAAAUUUAUCUCGUAUCACCGAGCGUUUCACACGCGAAAGUUGGUUGUGAUUGUUGAAUUCAAAAACAUAUUUAUAACAUUUUAAUUGAUGAGUAACUCUACCCGGAUGAUUUUAUGUAAUCUGGCAAU